CGCGAAGUUUCCAGCCCUGGAAGAGGAUUCUCUAGAAGUGUGAGAUGCAAGCUGGGAAGGGCAUCCAGAUGUUGACCCUCGCCUCUCUUCCGCACAGCCCUGUGUGCUCCUCUCCCAGCCGGUCAGUCCGACAGGUCCUAAGAAUUAAAGGAUGGCCUUCUAGGGAUGCUUGCAUUUUAAAAGAGCACCAGGGGCGAGGGAAGGCAGUGGCACAUCACAAUCGUUUGGACAGCUUCUGGGUUGUAACAUGCUUGUGCCGUCCCGGGGCCCUCCCUAGAGCUACCUAGAGAAAAGGGCUCGGGAAUCUACAUGUUAAACAAGCGCCCCGAUGAUUCUUAUUUGCGCCAAAAUUUGAGGACCGCUUUUGUAGCUGGAAGGAUGGGCUGUAGCAUCACUUUAAUACUGUAUACAGGGUCGCUAUGGGUUGGAAUCAACGGCAACUAAUUUGGUUUGGUUUUUUAAUACUGUAUAGCCCUCCCAUUUCCAGGUGGGAUUUUAGCGGUUUUUCUCAAAAACCAUGUGUAAGAGACAGUUUAAAAAUAAAAUCUGGAAGAGUAAUCAGAAUCCGGAAUUGGACGGGGAACAAAAUUCUUCUAGGAGUGACGAUAAGAUGGAUAUUUUACUUGAGCUUAAAAAAUUUAGCUCUACAAAUGCAGAAAAGGAACACAUGAUGGUUUGUAUAGUUGCCACUGGUAAGAGAAAAAGCAGAAAUUAAACAUCUAAGAGAUUUCAUGUUUCCUGCUUAAAAGCCAGCAAGAGACAUAAUGGGGACAUUUACCGUGACUCUGUGAUCACCUUCAUUAUAGGUCAAAGGUGUAACAUGAAGCAAAUUGGAAAGGCAUUUUUCCAGGGAGCUAAGCUAAUGUUUGCUUCUCUCCAGUGGUCUAUUUCUCACCAACAGUCUCUGCCUCUUGGCCCUACUUGGCCCCUCCAACCUGGCCAGGUAGGGAAGGGGCUGCACCUCUAGCUAAGGAGCAUCCAGUUUUGGUCACCCAACUCCUCUUCUAAGGACACUUAACUACCUGUCAACUGUCCUGCAUGCCAGGACCAUCUUCACUUUCCCCACAAAAGUUCUGUGAGAGAUUUCCUGGGAGCUUGAAAGUCACUGGUGGCACAAUGGCUGAGUCCAGCAAGCCUAUCCUGUACUCCUAUUUCCAAAGCUCCUGCUCAUGGAGAGUUCGAAUUGCUCUAGCCUUGAAAGGCAUUGACUAUGAGACGGUGCCUGUCAAUCUUGUGAAGGAUGGGGGGCAGCAGUUCUCUGAAGAAUUCCAGGCACUGAAUCCCAUGAAGCAAGUGCCAGCCCUGAAGAUUGAUGGACUCACCAUUAGCCAGUCACUGGCCAUCAUUGAGUACCUGGAGGAGACUCGGCCCACUCCGCGACUCCUGCCUCAGAACCCAAAGCAGAGGGCCACCGUGCGCAUGAUUUCGGACCUCGUUGCUAGCGGCAUCCAGCCCCUGCAGAAUCUGUCUGUCCUGAAGCAAGUGGGUCAGGAGAGCGGGCUGGCCUGGGCCCAGAAGGUCAUCAAUACUGGCUUUAAUGCUCUGGAGAAGAUCCUGCAGAGCACAGCGGGGAAGUACUGUGUGGGAGAUGAGGUUUCCAUGGCUGAUCUGUGUCUGGUGCCUCAGGUGGCAAAUGCUGAAAGGUACAAGGUGGAGGUCACUCUUUACCCUACCAUCAGCCGCAUCAACAAGACUCUGCUGGCCUUGGAGGCCUUCCAAGUGACUCAUCCCUGCCGGCAGCCAGAUACGCCCCCUGAGAUGAGGGCCUAGCUCCCAAAACUGCCCCACUGUUGUCAGAUCUGUGAAGAAUAACCAGUGGACACCUAAUCCUGAUAUGAUGGAGGCCACAAAAGAGGGGGUCUUCCUGGAGUGGGACUGGCUGCAAUGGAUGAAGAAGAUGUGGAAGGUCUUCCAACUCCAUGGAAGUAAUCAGUUCUAGAAAAUAAUUUAGAAAGACAAAAGCAGGAGGGAGGUGCUGCCAGGAAAUACCUGAGAACAAAGCAAAAAAUACAGAAUUUUGUCCCAAAGUAAUUUUACAUACCCAUUAAGAAAAGUAAUAAAACUAUUGGACAAGCAGGUGGAUAUGCAUAUUCAUAAAAUAAGCACUUGAUUUAAACAUUUAACUGGUUCCUCCUAACUUUUAAACAUAACUUAAUUAGCUCUGGAUUCCAAGAUCACAAGCAGGCAUCACUCCACUUUGGGAGAAUACUCUGAACUAAGAUUGCUGCUGAGUUUAAGCCAGAACUACAUGGGUUAAAAACUAUCAAGACUGUUCAUUCCUGAGGUUCACACUUCAUCCAAAGAUUAGACAGACCCAUAAAACAAAAUGAGACUAAAGGGGAACACCAGCCCAGACCCAAGGACUAGAAGGCAGGAGGGGACAGGAAAGCUGGUAAUAGGGAACCCAAAGUUGAGAAGGGAGAGUGCUGACAUGUUGUGGGGUUGUUAACCAAUGUCAUAAAACAAUAUGUGUGCCAACUGUUUAAUUAGAAGCUAGUUCUGUAAACCUUCAUCUAAAGUAGAAUUAAAGAAAAAACUAUCAAGACUGAA